AUGUAUUCAGUGUUUGGUGCAUUGAGCAUAACAGACGAUGCUGAUGGAAACCACUAUAUAUUGACAUCGGGUACGACUUGCAGUGGAGGAUGGACAAUCCCAGGUUUGGAUUUGCAUAAUCCUCGCCUCCUUGGUAUUUUGAGACUGAAUAUGUGGAAUAUACGGAUUCAAAUGCCAGCGGAGCUGCGUUUUUUCUUGAUGGCUCUUCUUCUCUUACGACAUGCACUGACCAUAACAGAUGAUGCUGAUGGAGAAGAAGAUGACCCAUCUUCUAUACUAUAUCUCUUGUCUUGCUCCGAGCUGCUGGAUUUCUUCUUCCAUGCUAUAUCAUGGCUUGGGCCAUCAGUAUUCUACAAUGGCAACCUAAUGCAAACCCUGGCUACACAGGAAGCUGCAGCUCUGGCUACACAGUUUGCGUUGGUGCUUCAGUCAGGGCAGCCUAGAACAGUUCACUUCACAGUAUCACCAGGACCACCAUCAUCCUCCAUCGCUCAUGCAACUACAUCUACACAACAACAGGAUGACGAUCCUGUCUGA